UAUAGUCUCGUGUCCGAAAUCGACCCCAACCGGUUAUUCACUGUCUCACGUCAGUUAUGUAUAUCAACAAUAAAUCUAUACACAAGUUCAACAUUAAUUAUAAAUAAUUCGCAAAUCUAUAGAUUCCUUAAUUCAUUCAUUAACAACAUUUAAUUUAUCACAAAUAAUCAAUGGAGCUCUAAACAAUAUAUUUUUAAAACAAUCCAUAAAUCAUUACAGUAUCUGUAUUUUUUUUUUAAUAAAAUAAAUCCACCAGUAAAUGAAAAAACUGAAAUACAUUAUUUAUCAUUAAUCAAGAAUUUAUUCAUUUUUGUGCAAUGUACUCGAGGAGGUACGUGUUUGUGAAAAGGAAGAGGAUGUGCAAGUUCUAUUCUGAUAACGUGAAAGUUGAAAUCGAGAAAGAAAAAUGUGAAGCAAAACCGUUUAGUGAUAUACCUGGCCCAAAAUCCUUCCCAAUCAUCGGGACGUUUUACAAAUAUUUACCCCUGAUUGGCGAGUACAGUUUCACAAAUUUGUACGACACUGGCAGGAAACGAUUAAAACAAUUCGGGCCGCUGGUACGUGAAGAAAUCGUACCAAACGUGAACGUGCUAUGGGUCUUCAGACCAGAGGACAUAGCUGAGAUAUUGAAAGCAGAAUCGGGUCUCCACCCAGAACGGAGAAGUCAUUUAGCUCUGCUCAAGUACCGAAAAGACCGGAAACAGAUUUACAACACUGGAGGAUUGAUAGCCACAAAUGGGCCAGAAUGGUGGAGGAUACGAAAGGAAUUUCAAAAAGUGACCAGCAAACCGCAAAACGUGAUCAAUUAUUUACAAGAAACGGACCAAGUCGUUCAGGAAUUCGUCGACUUGUGUGGAAAAGAGAAAUUCGCCGACUUGUUGCCAAUUCUGUCUCGCUUGUACCUCGAAUUGACAGGCUUGGUCGUUUUCGACGAGAGAUUGAACAGUCUCUCGAAGGAAGAACGACGGCCUGAUACGACGAGCUCGAAAUUGAUUAAAGCCGCUAUUACGACGAAUAGCGCUAUUCUCAAAUUGGACAACGGAUUGCGACUCUGGCGAUAUUUCAACACGCCAUUGUACAAAAAAUUAGAGAAUGCUCAGUCCUACAUGGAAUCGGUAGCGUUAGACUUGGUAUCUCGCAAGAAGAUAGAUGCGAAAUCGAGGCAGAAUAAGUCAUUGCUAAACGCUUACUUCGAGAACCCUGCCAUUGACAUUAAGGACAUCGUUGGCAUGGCUUGCGACAUGCUACUCGCUGGUAUAGACACAACGACUUACAGUACAGCUUUUUGCCUGUAUCACCUCGCGAGAAACGAGCACGUUCAAGAGAAAUUGCGAUCUGAGGCUGAACGCUUGUUAACUUGUGCCGAUCAACCGUUAACUGCGGACGCUAUACGGAACGCGUCUUAUACAAAGGCCGUGAUAAAAGAGAGUCUCCGGUUGAACCCAAUAUCCGUGGGCAUUGGCCGAAUUUUACAAACCGACGUCGUUCUCAAUGGCUAUCUGGUACCAAAAGGGACCGUCGUCGUGACGCAGAAUCAAAUUAUUUGUCGCCUCCCUGAAUAUUUUGACGAGCCCGACUCGUUUAUACCGGAACGGUGGCUGCGCGAUCAGUCGGAAGGUGAUGAACGAUUGAAUCCUGGUAAAUCGGUUCAUCCCUACGUUCUGCUACCGUUCGGUCACGGGCCUAGAUCUUGCAUUGCAAGACGUUUCGCGGAACAAAACAUGCAGGUCUUAUUAUUGAGGAUAUGUCAGAGGUUGAAGUUUCGGUGGGAUGGGAAUGAACUCGGCAUGACGUCCGUUUUGAUUAAUAAACCGAACGCU